CCGUUGUAAAUAACAUCUGACCUCCCGAGUCCUCUCGUAUCGUCGCGUCGUCUCACUUACAUUCAUACCAGUAAGUCGGUAACAGCGUCCAAACAAGCUCGUUCAAAAUGUUGAAACUCCUCACAAUAUUUAGCGCUUUAAUGGCGAUUACUUACGCCAAAAGUGUCAUCGUAGGUCAAAUCUACGACUACAAUGGUGUUGUUCGGAAAGUAUAUGAGAAGACCGUGGAGACCAGUGGUAUACCGUUGAUAAAGAGGGAGCAGGAAGUGUACUUCGAGUAUGCAAUAGGAGACCAGAAGAUCAAAGGUAUAGCGAUCAAGGAUUUGGACAAUGGACUAGCUGAGCCGUCUAUAACUCGUGGAGGACUGGGUUUCAACUUCGCCAAUAUCAAAUUGAAGAGUGAACGAGGUUCCGGCUAUCGAUUCCUGAUUGAAAUCUACGCUUGAUUUGUUCCUGUUAUUGAUUUAAAUACGUAUCGAUUCCGUUUGUGAUUGAGAUCUGAAUACUCGAAUUUGUUUUAAGUAAAAUGUUUUUUUUUAUUGUGAUUUUUUUAUUGGUUCUUUAAAC